AUGCCAGCAAAGUACUCGCACGUUAAAAAGGCCGCCGCAGCCGGAGCACUCAAAAAGUCAUCCCACGCGAAAUCGGGACAGACCCGCAGCGGCGUGCCGUCGAACCCGCACGCGGACCGGAGCAUCUCGAAGGCUAUGACGGCGGUGUCCAAGCUCGAGCGCGCCAUCGCGCGGAUACUGCUGAUCCGGUACGAGCAGGACAUCGCGCGGCUGUUCUCGACGCGGCUGUACAGCAUCGCCCUCGUGCACCUCCCGACGUUCGUGAUGCGCAUGGAUAUGCGCCAAGCGGGGGAACGCGUCGCGACGAAGAGUGUGUUGUGGUCGUACACGGCGUUGAGGCAUUUUCCGCCUCAUCUGGGCUCACUGCAAGAAGGACAGGACGCGUUGGAGGAGGCCUGCGAACUCAAAUACGCGUCCGGGAGCGCGCGGCCUCCCGAGUGGGCCGGCGACUGGCGCAUGAAGAUCCGUGUCGGCUAUGAAAAAUUAAGUCAGACGUUAUGGAGGGUCGCACGCGAAUUCGAUGUGCAUGGCUACGGCGUGGUUUUGCGCGAAAAGUUGACCCAUAAGUGGUGUGACUGCGGAUGCUCGACGGAUCAUCUGGGGGAGGUCUGUGAGCGAACGGUGCGAGAGGAUGAAGAGGAGAGUGGCGUUCGGCCCGGCAAACAGAGGGAAUGGGAUGGUCGAGGGAGCGGUGUCUUUGGAUGGGAAACUGAAGAGGAGGAAGAUGUCUGGGAGUUGGGGUUGGACUUCGGGGGCGUUGAGCCAGAGGACUGUUUCGACGGUCCCGAAAGCGACAUGUCGGUCGGUGAGCUGAUGGAGUGGAGGUAUAUCAAGGCCGAACGACAGAAGGAGGAGGGCAAUACAGCUUUCCGGAAGGGUGAUUAUGUUGCUGCAGUGAAGCAUUAUGAAGCCGCCUACGAAAUAGAGCCAGAGCUUCCUCACUAUCAGCUCAAUUUAGCGGCCGCGCAUUUGAAGCUAAGCAAUUGGAUGGCCGCUGAGGCCGCUUGCUCCAAAGCAUUGUCCCAACAUCACAGCUGUAAAGGAUAUUUCCGUCGAGCCCGUGCAAGGAAGAUGCUUGGCCGCCACGAUGAAGCUAUUCGAGAUUUGCGCGCAAUCAUCAAACUGCAACCUAAUAACAGCGAGGCUAUCCAAGAGCUAAUAUCACUGCUCCCUCCACCGUCCAGAGCUCAGAGAUCCUCCGCGAAAUCGCCCGAAUCGUCACAAAGCUCAGCAGCAGCAGCAGAGCUGUACGACAGACUGGGUGUGGGCAAGCACAAGCCCGCGAAACCACUCCCCUUUCCUCGCACGCUGUUGGACGAUCGCAAACUCAAGGUCGUGACCGUGCCGAUGCCGGCGACCGACACCCCCUUGGGAUUCUGUCAUCACCAGCACAGUCAUACGUGCAGCGGUCACCAUCAUCAUUCUGCGAGGGACAAAGGGAAGGGGAAAAGCACGAGCAUCAAUCCAGCCGCGGCUGGGAUGGGCACUGCCACGCGACGGGAAAAGGAGCAGGCACUCGAGACGGAAAUGCUCAAGGUGCUCGAAGCUAUGAAGGUGGAUGGGAUGACCACCGUCUUGGUUCCAAGCUGGGACCGCUAUGUCAUCCGUCGAGCAGAAUUCUAG